GAGGCUGAGGAGGAGGCUGAGGAGGAGGCGGAGGCGGAGGCUGAGGAGGAGGAGGAGGAGGAGGAGGAGGAGGAGGAGGAGGGAGGACGAGCUGCUGCAGAGACACGAGGUGAUGAAGAUGAAGAGCAGAAAGACAAAGAUGGAGGUGAUGAUGAUGAUGACGGUGCUGCCAGGAUAAAGAAGAAGAAGACGACCAAACAGAAAGGCGUUGGAGCAACAGACAGGAAGUGCGUUCCAGGAAUCCUCUACCUGGGUCACAUCCCUCCGAGGUUCCGGCCCAAACACCUGCGGAACCUGCUGUCGGUGUACGGAGAGAUCGGACGCAUCUUCCUACAGCCUGAAGACAGUCAGGUGAGGAAGAGGAAGAGGAAGACGGGGUCGAGGAGGUGUGAUUUUACUGAAGGGUGGGUGGAGUUCAGAGAUAAACGAGUGGCCAAGAAGGUGGCGGCGUCUCUCCACAACACGCCGAUGGGAACCAGGAAAUCCCAACGCUUCUCCUCCGACCUCUGGUGCAUCAAGUACCUGCACAGGUUCCAGUGGACUCACCUGAGCGAGCGGCUGGCCUAUGAGCAGACGGUCCUGCAGCAGCGACUCAGGACAGAAGUGUCUCAGGCGAAGAGAGAAACCAACUUCUACCUGAACAACGUGGACAAGAGUGCUCACAUGGACAAAGUGAGGAGGAAGAGACAGAGAGACGGAGAACAGGUGGACGACAGGACGUGGGACUUCACUCAGCGUCAGACGGAGGACGAGAUCCAGAUGAGGAAGAAGAAGAAGAGAGACUCUAUUUCCCAGAAGCACCUGGACAAGGCCCGCCUUAUACAGCAGAAGAGCCAAUCAAACGUCUCGCUGCUGGCCAAGAUUUUCAACUCCAGCAAAUCAGAGUGACAGCAGGGAGACACCUGAUUGGACAAGACUAUUCUCACAGAAAGCGGAUUGUAAUGAACUGGCGCUGACGCCCGCCUUCACCGACCAACCACAGAGCAGUCUGAGCAGAGGGGCGGAGCCGUCUGAGUCAUUCAGGUGUUUGGUUUCCUUUUAUCUGGUUAGCGUCUUCGUUCAGGCUGCCGACCUAAAUCUGGCUUUAGACUUUAGAAAGUCUGGACGGGAGAGAAAACACAUGAAAUGCACAUCUGAGACACAUUCAGAGGCGAUUUGAAUCCAGUCGUUUCUACAGGUGCGUCUUCUGCCUCGCUCGCAGUCUUCAGAGCAGAAGUCCUCCCUCGAUCGUUUGGAUGGCGAGGAGACGGAUCCCCCGUUUCUGCAGUUGGUGACGCCGCAGCAGCCCGUGCAGAGCGGCCGGUGAAGUCUGGACACACAAAGCUGAUCUGAUCCAAACAGGCCUCACCGAUCCUCCUCAUCACUCACCUGUACAGGCGGCCAGCCCGUCAUCACAUCACCGGUUUAUCUCUCUGUGUUAAAUGUUGUAAAUAAAUCUUCGCUCAGGUGACAGAG